GUCGGGGGGGAGGGAAGGUGGUGUGGGGGUUGUGUCGUGUGUCUGACUGUCUGUGUUGGAUAUGCACUUAUAUGCACGUACGUAUACCCCAUACAUCCCUACCUUCCACCUUCCAGGCUCCCACCUCCCACCUAGCCUACCCACAGACAUGAAUAUAUGUCUGAGGUGAAACGCAAGCCAAAUCUGCACCCUGUCUGUCUAUCUCCCUACGCCCGCCUGGUAUGGAAUGCAUGGGUACCAUGGUCCAUCCAGCGCCCUGUGCGUUUGCUCCGCAUUGUAGGUAUCUAUACUUACAUACCACUCUCCCUCUUUUUUUGUUACCCGCAUGCGUUCUUUAUUUGCUGGCGCCUGUUCCAUGGUCGUCGUGGAUCCAUUACCCGGGAAUCAAGCUACGUGUCAUUGCUUCUGUUGUGUGAUGAACAGGUUGCGGGUGCCGGUUGUUGUGACAACCUGGAUUAUUUAUCCGAGUGAAACAUUGGAUGGUAUGAAUGGACUUCGUUGAGUCUGCUAUGUAGGCUAUAUUACAUGUGUGUGUGAGGCUGGGUAUGUAUGUACCUAGGUAAGCAUGGGAGUAGUAUGUUAGUCU